CCUUGCCUCAGCCUUUUGUGCAUGCCAGUGAGCUGAUUUGAAGAGAAGCUUGAUCCCAGCCGUGAAUCAGAUAAGAUGGAACUUGGUGCAGCAAAACGGAAUUGUGCAGCAAGUGUGUCAGGGCAGUGUGUUUCUGACAGUGCACUGAAAAGCUGCCUUGAGAGCAAGCUGUGGAAAGUCGAGGCAUUAGAAGCACAUGGAAUCGUAGAAUCAUAGAAUGUUUUGGGUUGGAAGGGACCCCUAGAGGUCAUCUAGUCCAGCCCCCCUGCAGUGAGCAGGAACACGGCUAACUAGAUCAGGUUGCUCAGAGACCCAUCCAACCUGGUCUGCAAAGUCCUGAAUGCAUUCUAGCAAUCUGCUGGAUUGCCUACAGCUUGCCGUGUUGGUUUUCCAGCAGAUGUCAGGGUGGUUGAAGUCCUCCAGUAGGACGAGAGCCUGCGAGCAUGAAGCCUCCUGGAGUUCGAGGAAGAAGGCUUCGUCAGUCAGCUCCUCUUGAUCUGUCGGCCUGUAGUAGACACCAACCACCAGAUCAGUCAUACUGUCAUCGGCUGCAACACGACAUGUAUUUUCUUACAAGCAAUAGCAGACUGAAUGAGCAAGUUGUUGAUAAAAUUAUUCUUCAGCUUAACAGAGUCUACCCUCAAAUUCUUACCAAUGCAGAAGCAGAAAAGUUCAGGAAUCCAAAGGCAUCGCUCCAUACCAGGCUUUCAGAUCUGAUCAAGCACCUUCAAAAGAAAGGAGAGAGACACUGUCAAGAGUUUUACAGGGCCCUACAGAUCAAUGCUGAACAGCUGUAUAAUGACCUGCCAAGCAGGAAAAUCUUGAAAACCACAGAUUCCACAGGGAUAGACCCUGACAAGGAGAAAUAUAUGCUAAAUGACAGGGGUCCAGUGUUUUUCCUCGCUUGCUUUAGCAUUGCUGCAGGAUUUGCCUUGGUUUGGUAUUGCUGUAACUCAGAUACAAAAGUCAUAGGAAGAGCGAGGAGAAUCUUGGGCUUUUCUCCUGUUAUCAUAGGAAGACACGUUAGAAAUAUUGUAAUGUUGUAUUUGGAAGACAUAUCAAGAAAUUAAGGAAAAGCUGCCUCUUUGCUUGCCUGCACAGCGUACCUGCCAAGGGAAGACAACGGUGCAUGAAUAUUGAUGUACUAUGUGCUCAUACCAAAGAUUUUAUUAACUAGCUUAAUCAGUAAUUGUGUUGCCUCAAGGUGUAUUCAGAAUCUCAGCUAUAUACGUCCUUCCUUCUGGGAAUGGACCUUUUAUUUUUGUAAAUGCUUAUUUUAAAAUAUUUAUCGUUUGGAUAAAAAUUUUUUAAUACAAACUUUAAAAUUCUAUCUUAAGUGAUCAUGGGUCUUAAGCCAUGUUUGCAUAUGUGUUUUAUACUGGAAUGAAGGAUCCCAGCUGUUCAAAGAAUACUGGCCUGUCUUUUGUGAUAAUUUAAGAAAAGCACUUAAAGCCCCAUGUACACUCAGAGCCUUACUAAGGACUGGAUCUGUUUUGUCUAGAUCCUUUAUACUUACGCUGGAGCUCAGGUGGGCACUGGCACCUGCGACGCUUAUCAGUGCCAGUUACCUUUGUGUCUGCCAGGCACAUGCCGUGUUUUCUGGCUCCUCUCGUGCCUCAUCCCAGCCUGCCUUGUUCACAUCGACACCCAGCUGUUGGCCAUGGGCUGAAUGUGCUGGAGCUGGUGCAGGCUGGUUCCCAGCCCAUGGAGGGUCCCAGAGCGUCUGAUCUGAAGCACUUGAAACUACCAAGAAAAUUUUUCAGAUUUAUUUAGCUUUUCCUUUUCCAGUGAAGUGUUUUGCAGUCCGUGUAUCUAAGGAACUGAAGUAAUCAAAGAUAUUUUGCAGGGACUGAAGAGCCAUGGCAUAGGGCUUUUUUAUGGCCAAAAAUAUGUAUGCUUACUUGAAGAGCCUGAGGUGGUUUGUGUCAUUGGAUGAUGUUCUGUUUGUCUCCUGUGAGUUGAAACGUGAAAAGCUUGCAGGCAGUGCUGUAAGACUGAAAUGCUUGAGAGAGAUGCAGGGAGUCAGGGCUGCAAGUGAAGCAGCUUGGGGUUUCUUAGCUUUAUGAACUUAACCUUGCUCCUGCCUUGCUCAGUGCAGAGCAUAACAAGCCUGUGGCCCAGGGGAGGAAUGGAGUACAGGGCCAAAUUUUCAAAUGAAAGGCCCAAAGAGGUCUUGGCAGGAAGACUUGCAAGACUUCAUCUUGUGAGAUGAAAAAGGGCUCAGAGGACCCUGAUUCUACUCUUCUGAUGAAAAGUUUUCACCUAUGGCACUGGAGUGUGGCUGGGACACGAGCCGGCUGCGUGUGGAGGUAGCCAUGGUCUUCGUUAGCUCAAACCUCAGGAACAGACGGCGCAUCUUUGUGGCCAUGGCUGGAGCGAGUGCAGCUCAUCUCGAAACGCCCACGCGAAACCCAGCAGGCUGCAGGGAUAGCUCUGCCACCAGGCUGUAAGGCAGCAGAAGCCGUCUGGCUCAGUAUGUAUGCUGACUCUGGGAAGGCAAGCUCCUGGUUGCUGGGUUUAUGCUGCCGACAGUGCCUCCACUGGCUGCCCUGAAGCUGGCUUGGCUGUUCUUACAGGCUUUGGCCACAGAGCCGGCAUUCCCCUGGUGGCUCCCCCGGCCUAACUGCGCAGCUCUCAACAGCAGACUUUUCUGCGCGGGCAGGCAGGUGUACCCCAGGAUCAGCAGUGGGCCCAGGGAUGUUACAAACACUUAAUAGCCCAAUCACUGCGGUGUAAAACGGGGAAUAAGACAAAUGCCAUGCAAACAAAACAACACCCAGGAGAGGAGCUUAUUUUGACUUCUUUCCCCCUGCCUCCACCCCACUGUCUCCAGUGUCUCUUCGAUCUAAUCCCCACGGGGACCCUGGUAGGGAGAAAACGGUGACGGAGCUGAGCACAUUUCCUGCGGAGCUGGCUGAGUGCCCGGCUCUGCUGCGCUCAUCGCUCUGCGAGCUGCUGUCGUGCCGCCUUCCAUCUUGGGAAGCGCUUGGGUUGGGCUCUGUCGUUUUCUCUCUGCCUUGCCAUGUGUUUAAGGUGGCAAUAGGUUGGGGUUUUUCUCCAGCAAACCAGCUCUGAUGUACAACGUUUGAAGCGAAAUGUUCCUUUCCCCGCUGCUGCUCACCUCCUGUAGCAGCCCCUUUUUAAGGGACUAGGAAAAAUACCUCUGGAAUCUAAAGGGGUUUUAAAUCUUCGCCUUGAAGCCAACUUUGAAACCUCAUUAGAGGAACAGUAUUCCAUUUAACAAAAAAAACAUUAUCCAAAGUAAUGGCAACAGUUAGGUCUCAUAUUAAAGCAGAAGCAGAGGCCUUACUGCUGCUAGACAGUCUUUCUCUUUAGACUAUCCACUGUGUCACCCUUUGAAUAACAGGUUGCAAGUUGUUGUGAGCUGUUUCUGAAGCAUAUGGAAGUCACCGGUGCCUUAUUUAAUCUGACGGUGAGAUUCUGCUGUGCCUGCUGGUUGAAGGAGGCUGUGCAGUGCCAGAGCCACCCGGGUCUGCCCCAGGAGUGCGCUGGCUGGGCAGCAGGACACGGUCCUCCCACUUCUGAAACUGAGUGGCUUUCUUGAGCCUUGAAAACCAUUUGG